AAUUAAUUAUAUUUUUGGUGAUAUGAUGGUCAUGACAGAUGCAUUUGAACCUGCUACAACCUCUGUAAGAGAGAUAUCUGGAACUAUAGAUGGAGUCAAUAUCAGAAUCAUUGACACACCUGGUCUCAGGUCCCCUAUGAAGGAGCAAGCUUUUAACAGAAAGAUACUGUCAUCGGUAAAGAGGUAUAUGAAAAAGUUUCCUCUGGAUGUCAUUCUUUAUGUUGAUAGAGUAGAUAUCCAAACCACGGAUCUAAAUGAUUUACCAAUGUUAAGGACAAUCACAAGUUCUCUCGGACCAUCCAUAUGGCAACAUGCGAUCCUUACUCUCACUCAUGCUGCUUCUACUCCUUCGGAUGGUCCAACAGGAUCCCCUCUGAACUACGACGUAUUUGUUGCUCAAAAAUCUUAUCUUGUUCAACAAUCAAUCAUCAAAGCAGUCGGUAACCUGUGUCAAUUGAGCCCAAGUUUCAUGUUUCCAGUGUCUCUUGUAGAGAACCAUCCAUUAUGUGGUAAAAAUAUAUCUGGGGACAGCGUAGUUCCCAAUGGAGUUAGAUGGAGAAGCCAAUUAUUAGCUUUGUGUUUCUCUCUGAAGAUCAUAUCUCAAGUGUCUUCUGUUUCAGUACCUUGUACUCUUUUUGAUCAUUGGAAACAAAUUUUUUUCCAGGACCAUUCCCAGCCUAUGUGCCAUCUAUGUUCUUGUUUGUUGCAGUCUCCUGCUCAUCAUCUAAAAUUCUCUGCCAAUUGGAAUUGACUUGGAUGUUCACUUGGCAGAUAUUUUUAAUGGAUAUGGAAGUUGCAUGAAUGAUUAUUGAAGGGUCCUCAAAAGAAAGUGGUGAGAAGAGGUUAAAAGACUAUGGCACUGUUGACCACCAAGAACAAUAGUCCUGAGGAGAGAAUCCAGAGAAGUUUCAUUGUUCCUGUUUAUUUCAAAUCUCAUCUCACCUUUUGGUGAUAUCAUUCAUUAUCAAUAGUCAUGAAUCAUGACUGGCACCAUGAUCUAAAGUGCACAUUGUUAAUAUUGCAAAUAAUUUGGUGCAUAGUAUGUAGCUUUGUUGCUGAUUUUAAAAAUGAAAUAGUUCUAAAUUGUCUUUUUGAAA